AUGUUCCUACUCAUUUAUUUUUAAUUUGCAUUUGCUCUUUAAGAUUGCUAAUAAUAAUAUUAAGAUUGUUUUAAUCAAGAUAAUUGCAUCAUAAAAGACUGCGAAGCUUAAUUAUUUGUAUAAACUACAUGGAAAUUUUAAAAUAUUACUAUGAAAAAUGUUGUUUUCAACAUAGAAAAUCAUUAAUCUUAGGUUGAAGAAUACUCCAUAACAGCCUAAAUUAUGACUAUAUAAUCUUCGACGUUUUAAUAAAACAUCGGAGAAUACUUUGUAGAUUUAGCAUUUCAGGGACUGGAAAUCAUACUUUAAGAUAUAGACUUUGUCUUAUUUGAGAAAGUUUAAUUUACAGCAAAAACUCUAUAAUUGUAGGAUGUUGUGAUGAAUACCAAUUUCCUAAUGAUGUAUUCUGAUUAUGUUGAAUUGGAAAACUCCCUAAUAUAAUGCCAUUUUUUAAAGUGUCUUGGUGCUGAUUGUCUGUGUAAUUAAGGUUACUGUAAUAAAAAUUUGAUUGGAGAAAUAAAACCAUUUAAGAGAAUUCCCGUUAAUUUAGAAGAGAAUUUCACUCUUGGUAUUGCAGCAGAUGAAGUACUGUUACAAAACACAUAAUUAUUUGGAAGUAGUAUUGGUAUUUAUGCGAAUAAAUCUAAUAUAACCAUCGAUUCUAAAUCUAUUGUUUAUGCAUCUGGUUUAGGAUGCAAGGAAUAAUAAGGAUAUGGUUGUGGAUUUUAUGAUUGGAUGUUAUCCUACACUUUGAAAUGUGGAUCUUCUGGAGGGAGUCAUGGUGGCUUUGGUGGAAGACCCAAAUCAUAAGUGCUUGAUUUUGAUGAAUAGUGCAAAAAGUUAAUACCUAGAGAAGCUUAUGGAAAUCCAUUUAAUCCAUUAUUUGAGGGAUCUGGAGGUGGAGGAAACUACUUUGGAGGAUAUGGUGGAGGAGUUAUCUAUUUUUAGAAUGGAACAAUAGAAACCAAUGGGGAAUCUUCUUAGAGAGAUGAUUCUAUUAUCUAUGGUGGGGGGUCUGGUGGAUCAAUUUAAUUUAGAGGCAAACUGUUUGGAAGAGGACUUGUAUCUGCUGAAGGUGGUGAAGGAUCAAAAAUUAGUGGGAAAGGAAGCGGAGGCAGAAUAUUUUUUGAUGAUCCAAUGAAUCAUAAUCUGAAAAUAACUACAGGCCUGAAGUCUUCAUAAGGAACUAUAUAUUAUAAUGAGUGUCCUUAAGGAUUUGGAAUAAUUAGAUAAGAUUCAAGGUGUACAUAAUGUCCAUCAGGGUUUUAUACUUAUUUAUCAAGCGUUGGAGAAUGCAAAAGAUGCAUUAAUUAUGAUGAUGAUGUUAAUAUUUAUGAAUAAUCGAUCAGUCCAAUAUGUAAAAUAUAAUCAUGUAAAUAUGGAAAAAUACUUGAUAAAUAAUAAUGUGUCGUAUAUAAUUUUGUUAGGUAAUCUGGAGGUGAAAAUGUUUUAUUUGGCAUCAUUUUCUUUAUUGGAUUACUGGUCGUAAAUUUCAUCAUAUUCCUCUGUCUAUAAAAGCGAAUCUCUAAUCAUAAAGUUAACUAAACUAUAUCCUUCUCAGACCUCCAAGAAAAUCCUAAUUUAUACGAAGCAGCAUCAGAAGAUCCGAGAUUUCUACCUGAAGAUCUUCCUUACUACGUUAAAAGGUUAUAUAUUUAAGGCAACAACACUCCUAGUACUCCAUGGCAUUUACCUCUUCAUACUUAACUUGAUCAAUAGGAUAUCAAUAAUAUAGUUUCGAAUAUUAACUCUAUUGGAUAAUACACAAAAUGGUAAUAAAUCUCGUUAGUGUUCUUAAAGAUUUGGUACUUCCCUUUUUACUUUAUAUUAUUAAAGUACUACCAAAAGAAAAAAUCUAAGCAGAUCUUCAGCUUUAUGCAAAAGAAUAAUAGAUUUAGCAUUUAUUGUCUGAAACUAUCCUGUAGUUCAGAUUACACUUUAGCCUAUAUAGAUGUCUUGAAUUAUAAUAAUAACAUCUUAGAUUGGAACAAAUCCACUCAAUUUCCAAUUUCCUUAGUGUUAUAAGGAGAUGGAGAUUUCCUAUUUCCUUGGUAAAUCAAUUUAAAAGAUCCCUUGGUAAAAUCAAUGAAGAUGUCAUUUGAGAAAUAGAAGAUAUUUAUGCCAAUAGAUGACGGUGAUUCAGAUGGUUUAUUAUCUGAAAAUGAUGAAGAGGAAAUACACACUUUUGAUGAAUUCAUUAUAAAAUUCAAUUUAUUAAUGUUGCAGAUAGAUAUUAGAAAGGGAAAUGCAGAAUUCAUUAAAAAUUGUUUUUCUUUAUUUGAAUUUAUUGAUGAAAGCAAUAGUGAGAUUUUCAACAAAAAACAAAUCUUGUUAGAUAUAUGUUUUCACAUUUUGGGAUUUCAAUAAUCAUCUUUGAUCAUAUUGACUACUUAAAAGCUUCUCGAUUUUCAAUAGACUUUGAGAGAACUCCAUUAUAUAGUGAAUUACAAAUCAGAAUAUCAGAUUAAGGUAUCAGUUAAUUUUGAAAAGUAAGAUUUUAAUGUCAAGAGAUAUUACGAUAAUUAAAUUGUAAUUAAUACUAUUAAUGAUAUAAAUAAACAAAUAACAAUGUAUUAAAGGUAUGAGGAAGACAAAGAGGAAUUGAAUAAUCUAAAAAUGUAAAUGCAAAGGAAAAUAGAGGCUGAUGGAAUACUCACUCCAUUAUUAGCUUAAAAGUAGGACGCAGAAGAAGAAGAGGAUAAUCAUUUAUAAAAAAAUAAUAAGUGUAAUAUAUUGUGGGUUAGAAUUAUAAGAUUCAUCACAAUUACAUUUUCUUAUUUUCUACGUUAUAGAGAUUUCAAAAAUGAGAGAAUGCUGACAUCAGUUUUGGUUGUGCUAUGCAUAAUUCAAAUUACGCUUUAUGUGAUAUAUGUAUUAGAAUUGAUAGUUGAUGUUUUCGACACAACAUAUUUAGAUUAACAGUACUUUUUUACCUUUUAUGUUGUCGAAGCUAUUGUGUAAAUAACCUUGUUCCCCUUCUCAUAACUAAUUACUGAAAUAGUUUUGGUGAUUUGGUUAUUGAAUCCGCAGAAGAAGUAUUUUGGAAAGAACUUCUUAAUCUUCAACUUCUGUUCCACCAUCAACAAUAUGAUUUUAUCAAUAUUUGCCAUCAUAGAAUUUGCAAUAAUCACCAUAUAGAAUUUAGAAUCAGACUAUUACUUCUUUGCAUCAGUAAAGCUAAUUCUAUUUUUGAUCCAAAGUGUACAAGGGUAUCUAGGGACUAAGUAUUUAACCCUCUGA